AUGCAGCCGCAACUGCUCCCACAUCCCGUCCUCCUGCAGGGGGGAAGGGGAUACACUGAGGACUAUGACUACGUUUCUCUGGAGGGCUGCACUGACAAGCUUGCUAGUGAAUUUAGCAGUGAAAAGGGCUACACUUUUGUUGAACAGCUUCACAAAGUCCAGUGUAUGCUGCAGGAUGUGGGCUCCAACAUCGCGACACCUCUCUCCUCAGCCAGGGAGGCUCACUUAAAACGAACAUCUUUUAGCGAGAAGCCAGUUCUGGAGCUGGAACAGUGGAUUGACAAAUACUCGGAACAGCUUCCCCCACUCAGAGCUUUCAUACUGCCAUCGGGAGGUAAAAGCAGUGCUGCUCUCCAUUUUUCCCGGGCUGUCUGCCGCAGAGCUGAAAGGUGUGUGGUUCCAAUAGUACAGGCAGGGGAAGCAGAUCCAAAUGUGGCCAAAUAUUUAAACAGACUGAGCGACUAUCUCUUCGUUUUGGCACGUUAUGCUGCAAUGAAGGAAGGGAAGGAAGAGAAAAUAUACAUAAAGUCUGAAGCGUAACUGGGAGCUGGGAUGUUGCUUUCCAGAUCAUGAAAAGCUAAAUCCAACAGACUGCUUUUCCCAGGCAAGAAAGGGAAGAGAAUGAGCCUGGAUUGGGAACGUGAGCUGGCCAAGAACUUCCAGCUAACAUGACCAGGACCAUGUUCAUGAGUGCUGUAAGGAACACAGCUGUUCACUAGGCCUUGUCUGAAUAUCUCUUGUAGUAAGGGUGGUGGCUUCAGAAUUAAUGUUUGCUCCAAAUUGGAACUGAGGCAGAAGACUUCAAAUAAACACAGCUGAUUUCUAGAGAUGUUUUAAAUUCUCUGGGCAGUGGCAGAUGCUUUGAGAAGACUUUGACAGGUCUCCGAGGAACGGAGAAGAGAAAAUAAUCAGCUUCUCUUUAAGUCAUAAUGCUCACAUGGAACAGCAACUGUGCAGAGAUUCAGGAGCUCUGUCCACUAGCUCUGAAAUAAUAAAUGUGAUUUACUUGUACAAAAGGGCCCUUAACUGUCAUACUUUAAUGCUGAGCCCAGCUUGCUUUUCUUUUGUUAAGUUGCUUUCAAUCCAUCAGCUCUGACUGAAACUAGAAGAGCCUGUAGAUUUACAGGAAUGUACUCUCUGGCACUGGCUGCCUCUUUUCAUGCAUAUGUGAAGAAUUUCUCUGUGUAUCCUGUGCCAGGAGUGGGGCUCACGCAGGAAAGGGGGAUUAAAGGAAGAAGGGCUAAAUCCUACAGUUCACGUGCAAGCAAGAUCUGUGUAGCCAGCAGGAGUGGAGCUCCACGUGGAGCUGCCCUCCCAGCACACGGACCACUCUGGUCUCAGCAUCCCCUUUUAGCUGCAGGUAUCAGCUGAGGGGAUAGAGCCCUACCAUAGUCUGAGUCCUGUUAUCAAGUAUCUUCAUAGGGGGGGCCACUCAGGUCGCUGAAUCUGCAGAUAGAGGGGCUAUGAUGAGCAGCAGGGGCCUGGGCCUUUUCAGCUGACACAGCUACAGUUGGAAGAGAGAAGCUAACACCUAAAAGUUCAGAUCUCACAAAAAAUUAGUGAAACUCCUAAGGCUAACACUGCUUCCCAUGGAGCCUUCGGUAGAAUAGAUCUGAGCAUAUGCUGAAGUCUGAAAAAUCUGGCUGCAAACAUCACAAUAGCAGAAUGCAGUACUUAACAGAAAAGAUAUCCUCUGAGUCAGAGCUCACCUAGGUCAGCUGAACACUUAGUCUUUCAGAAUAGCUGUAUGUCUUGCUGCAUUUUUUUUAAAAAACAUUCCCUCACUUGCUAUUUUAAUGCUGCAACUUCAAGUGUAUCAAUCUACAUCAUACAAGCUCAGCAACCUGAGCCUCUAAUAAGAAACCAAAGGCAGCUUUUCAGUAAUUUGACAGAGCAAGCUAACUAAAAUUUAAGAAUCUUAGAAGAGCUAUCUUGCAAGUUUUUCCAGCUGCCUGAUGGAUUGAAGACUGCUAGAAAAACAUCCUGGAUAUGUAAAUGAGUGCAUUACACUAAGCUUAAUGAGCUAACUCCUUGAUACCCGUGUUGUCCAAAACUCCUGCAGCUUGGAAGCAUAAUUUGGAAGAAUAUAUAUCAGACAUGUUGGUUUAAACUCUCUUGUCCUUGUAGGAAGGAGCCUUUCAGAGAAAUUCUGUGGGCUGUAAGGCGAUUGUGCUUUGAAAAAGCUCCAUAGUAGGAGUGCAUGCCCUGCGCUAAGAGUGCAGUUCUCAGUCUUGGGAGCUUUUAAGUCAUGCAGCCUUCUCUGUUCAAUUAUUCAAGUAGGAACAACCUUAAACUUGCUUCCAGAAAGUAUCUCUGGCUUUUGUGUUAACUUUUUAAUCAGAGCAGGGUCAGAGUGAAGAAUGCCCAGCACUAAUAGAUACUGCUGUCUCAUUAUUCACCUUUUUAAAAAAAAAAAAACAGAUAUUUCAUAGCUAUUGUUAAUGUACAUUUUUCAUAGAGUAAUUUUCCAAGCCUUAGCCUGUAACACAUCCCAAUGACAAAUGCUCUUGAUUUGGACUGUGCCGUCAGCUGCAAUGUCACAUCAGACAUUUUCUCAAUGCCUGCUCCAGACAGGCCAUCCAGUUUUAUGAUAGCUCUGUUUCAGUUAUCACUAUUGAACCUUAAGAAUCUAGAGGCUUUUCAAGUUUAAUUGAACAAAAUUCUUU